UACUUCAUGUUAAAAACUCGCCUUGUAACGACAACAACAACCAUUUAACAUUUCUGAGAAGGGGAAUGGCAAAAAGGCCAGUCCAAGAUCUUCAUAUUAUUUCAAGUCAAUUAUACGUAAAGCAAAAUGGUGCAUAUAGCUCUGGAGAUUAAAGCUGACAUGGAGAGUGUGACAAGCCUUACACCUGAAGGGGAAGAUUUUCGAUGGUAUCUAAAGCUCAAAUGUUUGAAUUGUGGAGAGGAGAGCAAAGCAUUUGUUUAUCUAACAUUGAUUGAUUCUGUUCCCCUUAAAGGUGGUAGAGGCCAUGCUAGUGUUGUGUCAAAAUGUAAGCUGUGUAGCAGAGAAAACUCAAUUGAUAUCGUUAAAGACUCAUACAAACCAUACAAUGCUGUCAAAAUCUUCAGUGCGUUCCACUUAGUAUUCGUCCAUCCUUUGCCUGCAUUGGUAGCAGAGAAGCCGGAAGGGCUGCAGGGCAGGGAAAGCAAUGUGCCAAGGAAUAGGACCAAAAAAAUGUAAAGUAAAGAAAUCUUCUAUCUAUUGCAAGGGCAAGCCGCAAGAGACAGACCUUCACGCCCCAUUGCUCCAGUACCCCUGGCUGGUGCUAUGGGGACAUUAAAGGCACUGGUACAGCCGGCAUGCUUUGGAACAAUAUUUUCAAAACCGGCCUAAAAUCAUAAUCAUGGAAAUACAAAACACAAUCGAUUCCUCUAGACAGCUGCCGCUAAGCAUGUCGUUUGCGCAAGAGCUUGAUUGCUUGCUAGUCUUAGGAUACGUUCACACUACUCCGUAUUCGUUUCGAUCCGUUUUCGUUGAUGAAAACGAUGUCCGUUCAUACAAUCCGUUUUCAUAUGAAUACGCUGUGAAUACGAUAGGUGUUCACACUACUCCAACAAAAACGCUGUUGGUGGCCUCAUUUUUGGAAAGAGGCGUUCACGAAUCCUCAACAAAUUGGCGUCAUUGUAAAUGGGUUACUGGGUUGUUCUGCUUGUUACUGGGUUGUUCCGAUAAUUCCUCGUUUUAGCAACGUCGAAAGUCCAUUAUAAAUGAAUGUAUAUGAAAUGCAAUGACAUUCGGAUCUUUUCCAUGAUAAGGUUAUUUCUACUUGAAGACAAACUUUUUUAAUUUCUUAUCAGGCAAAUAAUUGCUUUGGCUUUUAUUUUGUAAUUAUAUGCUGUUCAGUUGUUGCAAAAAACCUUAGUGAAUCCUAAAUUAUGCCAUAAGAUAUCAUUUCAUGCUCAGUGUGAAAGGUACAGGGCAACAGUUGGCUUUUGUGGUUUCCAGAUUGCUUGCUAAAGUCUUUGCCAAAAGUCUUUGGUACACUCUGUAGCCAAUGAAAGAUUACGAUGAAAUGAAGUUUCCGUCCGUAAGAUAUAGGAAUAUCCCCCUUCCCCCCAAUAACAAUGAUGGUUGAAAAGAUAAUAGAGUUACAUUGGUUGAAUUUAAGGUUUGAAACUGCUGGUUUUCAACAUUGUUUCAAGAAGGAGAGGGGGGUUUUACUGAACUUCUGAAAAGUUUUAACUUAAUGUACAAAGACUCUUGGCAUGUAUUGUAGCUAACUUUUAUCAUGAUCUGACCUGAAUGCUUGUUCGGAAUGCUUAUUCGGAAUGCUUGUUCGGCUUCGUCAUCCAGGAUAUACCAGAUUUUGGACCGAAGAAAAACCGAUUAUGAAUGUCAGUUUCGAAGUAUCGGCUUUGAUUUCAAGUGUAAUUAAUGCGCUCAGAUCUUCAUUUCAGGUAGAAAUAUCCUGCAUCUUUAAGCAGGUGCCGGUACUGUAGGGGGCAUUGAAAUUGGACAGCCGGUUGAAAUAAUCCUGUUUCAAAAGAGCUUUUGCCAUCUAGGAGUUCCUUUUCGGAAAUUUUCAAACGCAAAUUGCAAGUAACGUCAGGUGCUCUAGAUUCUUAGCUUGAAAGUGAGUGGUCUUGAGUACGGGCUUCUAAAAGUCGGUUGCUACUUGGUUCGCACUGGUCGCGCGAGUGAGCGAAAACACCUCUCUAAGCAUGCGCAGCACUUUCACUGGGAAUGUGGUUGCGUUCGCCGAUCCGCUGAUUUGUCGAGUAGUACAAUGACAUGCACCCAAGUUAACGUAUUCUUUGAAAUAUAUCUAAGCUAUUAUUGUUGGUUAGAUGGAGUUACAAAGUCGAUUAUUUCCAAGAUCAACGAAAUAUUUUAAGAAAUUGGACAACCAUAAAGAUGAAUUACGUUUAGCUUAGCGAAUUUAAAUAACCGUCAGAAUAUUUUACAAAAAAUUUUCAAAAAUGUUAACCGAAAAAAUAUCGAACGUGAAAUUUUUAGUAAUUAAUCAACCGUAAAAUUAUCUUCGGAAAUGUGUAGUCCGCAUAAGACCUGAAGAUACUUCUGAUUCUAACUGCUCUUAGCGCAGAACAGCAAUAGAUUACAAAACUCUGUGUUUCUGUUAUCUUGCUUUCGACUGAUUGUUUGAAGAUAAUUUUUUAUAAGAGAUGAUGUCAUCUUUUGCAUGCUUGGGCCUUCCUUUUUUCACUCGUUUUUAGAUGACGUCCAACUCCUUAUUUAUAUUGUCUUUUGUGCGUCCACAUUGAUUGUGGACGCACAAAUUGAGAUGUCAGUUCAUUUUAAACUGCCCGACUCAUUUUGUCUGGUAUAUUGAUUGAUAGUUCGAACUUCUUAACAUCAUUUCUGUCUUUUUCGCAAAAAAUUUAUAGAUAGUCAUUUUAUACAUAAUACUUUUUUUCUUGCCAGCUUGAAGACAGUGGUAA